AUGGCUGCCAAAGUGUUUGAGUCCAUCGGAAAGUUCGGCCUGGCAUUAGCAGUUGCAGGAGGCAUGGUGAACUCUGCUCUAUAUAAUGUGGAUGCUGGACACAGAGCUGUCAUCUUUGACCGAUUCCGUGGCGUACAGGACAUUGUGGGAGGGGAAGGGACUCACUUUCUCAUCCCUUGGGUACAGAAACCAAUUAUCUUCGACUGCCGCUCUCGACCACGGAAUGUCCCGGUUAUUACUGGUAGCCAAGACCUACAGAACGUCAACAUCACACUGCGCAUCCUCUUCCGGCCAGUGGCCAGCCAGCUCCCUCGUAUCUACACCAGCAUCUGCGACGACUGUGAUGAGCGGGUGCUGCUGUCUAUCACCACAGAGAUCCUCAAGUCCGUGGUGGCUCGGUUUGAUGCUGGAGAAUUGAUUACCCAGCGAGAGCUGGUCUCCAGCCAGGUGAGCGAUGACCUCACAGAGCGAGCAGCAACAUUUUGGCUCAUCCUGUAUGACGUGUCCCUGACACAUCUGACCUUCUGGAAGGAGUUCCCAGAGGCAGUAGAAGCCAAGCAGGUGGCUCAGCAGGAAGCAGAGAGAGCCAGAUUCGUGGUGGAAAAGGCUGAGCAGCAGAAGAAGGCAGCCAUCAUCUCUGCUGAGGGUGACUCCAAGGCAGCUGAGCUGAUCACCAACUCGCUGGCCACCGCCAGGGACAGCCUGAUCGAGCUGCGGAAGCUGGAAGCUGCCUAG